AUGUAUCCAACUCGUAAUCCAUUUUGGAAUGAUAUUCUUGCUGGUUUUGAAAGUGAAAUAACAACUGUAACUGCUUCACAUCCAAUAGAAACAAUAUUAAUCCAACGAAACAUCAAUUCACCUGAAGUUCAUCGAAAUGCCUUUCAUUCUCUUCAAUUGAUAUAUCAACGUCAAGGUAUAAUCAAUGGAUUUUAUCGUGGAAAUAUAAAGGACCUGAUCAAAAAUCAUAAAAUUUUCCCCACACUGGAAAUGUUAUAA